AUGGUCUGCGACAGCAUCGGGUUGCAGGACAACAUCUUUUUAUGGACCGACUCUACAAUUGUGCUGCACUGGUUGUCUGCUAGUCCAUCUUCUUGGCAGACGUUCGUCGGAAAUAGAGUUGCGGAAAUCCAAGAGCUAACAGCUCACUGCUCCUGGCAUCACGUUCCUGGUACCGAAAAUCCCGCUGAUCUGAUCUCGAGAGGUCUUGACAUCGGCGAUCUUAUCGACAGCUCGUUGUGGUGGAAUGGCCCUCCAUGGUUAGCAGAGGCGAAUCAACCGUGGCCAGAGGCACCUGAAAGCUUCGACAACAUCAAAGAGAGGCAUUUGGAGGCAAGAAAGGGAUUAGUUCUGUCCAUCGCAAAUUCGUCCGAGACAGACCUCAUCGAAAAUUUUUCGUCGUUCACUCGCUUGUUGAGAAUCGCUGCACUGUGCAGGCGGUUUUUCGCCAAAAUUCGUUACUGCCGACAAGUUAGAAAAUCAUUGCUUCAUCCUACUGAACCACCACUCCCUGGGCCUAUCACUGUAGACGAACUAAACAAAACACUCCUCGCAAUUGUACGCCGAGUUCAAGAACAAACUUUCGGCCAAGAGUUUGCUGCCUUGCGUUCUGAAAAACCGCUACCGUCGUCAUCGCCGCUUCGCUACCUGGCCCCCAAGCUGUGUGGUGACUUAAUUCGUGUUGGUGGCCGGCUCUCUUACGCAUCCAUUUCGUCAGAAGCAAAAAAUCCUCUCGUACUACCACGCAACCAUUAUUUGUCUCGUCUUAUCGCCGAAACCAUGCAUCGAGAUCAACUACAUUGUGGCCCCCAAUUUCUGCUGGCCACACUUCGUCAACGCUUCUGGCCGCUUGGUGGUCGGAAUUUGGUCCGCAGCGUCGUGCAUGGAUGUGUCACAUGCGUGAAAGCCCGCCCUCGGUCAUUAUCCCAGCAGAUGGGCCAACUUCCUGCUUUACGAGUCACCCAAUCUUAUGCGUUCGAAAACGUUGGGAUCGAUUUCGCUGGCCCAUUUUAUUUGAAAAGGCCGAGCCCACGGUCUGCGCCUGUGAAAUCGUAUGUGGCUGUCUUCAUCUGUAUGGCCACGAAAGCAGUUCACCUGGAGCUGGUCAGCGACCUGACAUCAGCCUCAUUCAUCGCAUGUCUCCGUCGAUUUGAGGGCCGGCGUGGCAGACCAGCAAACAUCUUCUGCGAUAAUGCCACAAACUUCGUUGGGGCUGAUCGAGAGCUGCGCAACUUAUUUCGAUCCACUGAACAUCGUCACGCAGUAGUCAACGAAACUGCCGAUCAACUAGUGCGAUUCAACUUUAUACCACCACGAUCUCCCUCAUUUGGUGGCCUUUGGGAAUCGUGCGUGAAGAUUAUGAAACACCAGCUUCGUCGUAUCAUCGGGAAUGCGUUCCGGAAUGCGGUCGAAGCCUGCCUCAAUUCGAGGCCAAUCACUCCAUUGACAUCCGAUCCAAACGACAUGAGAGUGCUCACCCCCGGGCAUUUCAUCACUGGUCGCCCCCUGAAUGCCCUACCCGAACGUGACGUAACGAACGCUCCAGAAGGCCUUCUACUCCGCUAG